UGAUUCUCUGUCAUGCCGAAGUUGAUUGUUAAGCUCUCAACUUCAAUUCAAGUCACAGUAACGAAGCCAAAUUUAAAAAGUUACUCGAACAGACAAGAGCACACUGGGAGUUCUUAAUUCAACAAUAAAUCGUUUCAAAUUCAUAAACUCACCAAACAACCUGAAUCCGUAGAAAAAAUUGGUUUGUUCAUAAUCCAAGAGCACAACGUGAAUCCAUGUUAACGUGUAACUUUUUCUUCGUAAUACUCGGGCUGCUUAUUCUUACGCAAUUCGAGAGAGGCUUUGCAAGCACUCGAUCUAUGUGUGUAUCGGAAAGUCCUACUACAGAAGAAACCACCAUUGCCGUGGCUACCGCGACAGCUCCGUCGUUAACCGAGGUCCCCACUGCCGGUGAAAAUGAGUUUUUCGCCAGCACGAUAAUGACUGAGCCACCGGAACGUCGCGUUGCCAUCACAGUUCAUGGCGUGACGACUUCUCUCACGAAUUUGACCGUUUACGACGAUGUCGGUUCUGCGACCCUUGUUGACAUCGAGGCCGAGUGCCACUCAGAUGUGUUCCAAGCGUGUGACAGCGUGACGUACCAAGACAACUUGGUGCCGAGCGAUCCGGGAUAUCUUGAGGUGUCGGGACUCCAGUCGGGAACUGCAUAUGAUAUCACAGUUGUCAGUGCCACUCACGGCGGCAACUCGGACACUUCUUUGGACAGCACUGUUCGAUUUUGCACCAAACCAAAGGUGAACUUUGUGGUGAGCAAGCUGAGCGACACCUCCGUCCAGAUUGGUGGCACGGUGGAGGGGGGCAACUUCCACAGUGCGACUGCCACCUUCUCCCCCUCCGACAGCUGCUCAGUCACUUUCACCCCACUCAUGCUGCCACUGCAGGUGACUGGUCUGACUUCUGGAACUACCUAUGAGAUCACGUUUGAGUCGCGAGUUUCGGCUGCCAGUUGUGGAGCAGGGGGAUCUCAGUCGAGUGAAAUGCAAGUGGUCGAGUACCAGCCAGAUCUCUAUGCCGCUGUCUCUGUGUCUGUGGCUGAAAAAGACGACAGCGGUGCCAAGCUGUGGGUGGAGGGUGUGAACAGAAACAGCCGACACGUAUUUGAGAACAUAGUGACUGCGUGUGCUUCGCCUAAUCACGGUAACUGCGCAGGAGCUCGAAUCCAGCCAAAUAGAAGGCCCGAGUCUCCGGGGUCCGUGGUACUGAGUCAGUUGCACUCUGGAUCAUCAUACACAGUCACUGUUGAACAGUCCACUUUCGAUGGAGCAGAGAACACCCUACACAACACAGCAGUCACUUUCUGCACAAAACCAGCUGUUGGGCGUGAUCAGGUGCAUAUAUCCCACCUGGGUGACAAUGUGUACAGGGCAACAGUGGACUCCGAAGUGGACUUUGAUGACGUCAUAGUGUCCAUGAUUCCCACCAUCUAUACCACCAGGCACUUUCAGAAAGGGGAGGAGCCGGAGGUGGACAUCAGUGAUCUGCCGGCGGGGGACUACCAGCUGGAGGCAAUGUUCAGAGUGGGAAUUCACAGGGACUGUGGAUCUGCAGGAAACGGGGAAGCUGCUGUAGAGACCUCCGCAGUCUACUACACAUACAAGCACAGAAGUAUGGCAUCCAAAAUCUUUCCUGGCUUCGUCGUUCUUAUGGUGACUCUGAUAUGGACUACGACCCAGUAGAAACAGGAAGCAUGCUCGUUGUAAAUACAAUUGUACAUUACUUGACCAUUUUGUGAAUGAUUGGCUGACUCAUCACUGGAAGACCUGCAAGUCAAACUUCUGAAGAAACUUAGGAGACAUUCUACAUAAAAACAUUCAAAUCAAGUUACGAAAUUUCCAUCAAACAUAUAGAAAAGUUAGAGAGCAGUUUUCCAGUAACUAUUAGAUUGACAACAAAGUGGUUUAAAACAAAUUUUUGAUGCGGUUAAAUGAGAUAAAGUUUGAAAUUAAAAGUUG